AUGUUUCGUUCUACCGCGAUGAAGGCGACCGGCGGCAACAUGCUGCGCGGCUCUGCCUGCUCUUCAUGUAGACGGUCAAUGUCUCUCGCUUCUACUGUUAGACGUGCCGACUCAAGCUCAAAAUUCAGCUUGGCCACCCGACGACCUCUAGCCCUUGUUGGCAGGAGAUAUUAUGCCUCCGCUGAGGAUUCUGGUGUGGCCGCCAGCGACUCCUUCCUUCAGGGAAACACCGCGAACUAUAUCGAUGAGAUGUACGUCGCAUGGAAAGACGACCCUUCCAGCGUCCACAUCUCGUGGCAGACGUAUUUCCGCAACAUGGAGGAGGGUAAGAUGCCCAUCUCGCAGGCCUUCCAGCCCCCUCCUACACUUGUCCCUACACCCACCGGUGGCGUUCACCAGCAAAUGCCUGGUGCUGGUAUCGGCCUCUCCGCCGGUACCGACGUCACGAAACACUUGAAGGUCCAGUUGCUUGUUCGCGCUUACCAGGCUCGUGGUCACCACAAGGCUAAGAUUGAUCCUCUGGGUAUCCGUGGCGAGGCCGAGGCCUUUGGUUACAGCAAACCCAAGGAGCUUGAGCUUGACCACUACGGCUUUACCGAGCGCGAUUUGGACGAGGAGUUCGAUCUUGGCCCUGGUAUCCUGCCCCGUUUCGCCAGCGGAGACCGCAAGAAGAUGUCUCUCCGUGAGAUCAUUGGUGCUUGCGAGAAGAUCUACUGUGGCUCAUAUGGUGUGGAAUAUAUUCACAUUCCCGACCGCAAGCCUUGCGACUGGAUCCGUGAUCGCUUUGAAGUUCCCGAGGCCUACAAGUACUCUGUGGAUGACAAGCGCCGCAUUCUCGACCGUCUGAUCUGGAGUUCCAGUUUCGAGACUUUCCUCGCUACCAAGUUCCCCAAUGACAAGCGUUUCGGUCUUGAGGGUUGCGAGACCCUUGUUCCCGGUAUGAAGGCUUUGAUCGACCGUAGCGUCGACUACGGCAUCAAGGACAUUGUCAUCGGUAUGCCUCACCGUGGUCGUCUCAACGUUCUGUCCAAUGUUGUCAGGAAGCCCAACGAGUCUAUUUUCAGUGAAUUCGCCGGUUCGACCGAGCCCUCCGAUGAGGGCUCCGGUGAUGUUAAGUACCACUUGGGUAUGAACUUUGAGCGCCCCACUCCCUCCGGUAAGCGCGUGCAGCUCUCUCUUGUCGCCAACCCAUCCCAUCUUGAAGCCGAGGACCCUGUUGUAUUGGGUAAGGCCCGGGCUAUCCAGCACUACAACAACGAUGAGAAGAACUUCGACACUGCCAUGGGCGUUCUUCUCCACGGUGACGCUGCCUUUGCCGCUCAGGGUGUUGUCUACGAAACCAUGGGUUUCCACUCCCUGCCCGCAUACUCCACUGGCGGAACCAUCCACAUUGUCGUGAACAACCAGAUUGGUUUCACCACUGAUCCUCGCUUUGCUCGUUCCACUCCUUACUGCUCGGACAUUGCCAAGUCGAUUGAUGCUCCUGUCUUCCACGUGAACGCCGAUGAUGCUGAGGCUGUUAACUACGUGUGCCAGGUCGCUGCUGACUGGCGCGCCGAAUUCAAGCGUGAUGUUGUCGUUGACAUUGUCUGUUACCGUAAACAGGGUCACAACGAGACCGACCAGCCCUCUUUCACCCAGCCUCUCAUGUACAAGCGUGUUGCCGAGAAGAAGCUCCAGCUCGAUAUGUACGUCGAGAAGCUCAUUUCCGAGGGCACCUUCACCAAGGAGGACAUUGAUGAGCACAAGAAGUGGGUCUGGGGUAUGCUCAACGACAGCUUCGACCGAAGCAAGGACUACCAGCCUACCGGUAAGGAAUGGCUGACGUCCGCCUGGAACGGUUUCAAGACUCCCAAGGAACUUGCUACCGAGGUUCUGCCUCACCUUCCCACUGCUGUCGAGCCCUCUAUCCUGGAGCAUGUUGUCGACAAGAUCAGUGGUGCUCCCGAAGGGUUCACUAUUCACCGCAACCUCAAGCGUAUCUUGUCCAACCGCAAGAAGUCUGUUGAGGAGGGCAAGAACAUUGACUGGGCUACUGCUGAAGCUCUCGCCUUUGGCUCUCUUGUUAACGAGGGCUACCACGUCCGUGUGUCCGGUCAGGAUGUUGAGCGUGGUACCUUCUCUCAGCGUCACUCUGUGCUCCACGAUCAGGAGACCGAGUCUACCUACACUCCUCUCCAGCACAUCAGCAAGGACCAGGGUAGCUUCGUUAUCUCCAACUCGUCUCUCAGUGAAUUCGGAGCUCUCGGCUUCGAAUACGGUUACUCCUUGACCUCUCCCAACGCCCUCGUUAUGUGGGAAGCUCAGUUCGGUGACUUCGCCAACAACGCUCAAUGUAUUGUUGACCAAUUCAUUGCAUCUGGAGAGUCGAAGUGGUUUCAGCGCUCUGGUCUGAUCCUGUCUCUUCCUCACGGUUACGACGGUCAGGGUCCCGAGCACUCCUCUGGCCGUAUGGAGCGUUACCUCCAACUCUGUAACGAAGAGCCCCGUGUUUUCCCAUCUCAGGACAAGCUCGACCGCCAGCACCAGGACUGCAACAUGCAGAUCGUCAACAUGACCAACCCUGCCAACCUGUUCCACAUGCUGCGUCGCCAGAUCCACCGCCAAUUCCGCAAGCCUCUUGUGAUCUUCUUCUCCAAGUCUCUUCUCCGUCACCCUAUCGCUCGUUCCUCUUUGGAUGAGUUCACUGGUGACUCUCACUUCCAAUGGAUCAUUCCCGACCCUGGUCACGGAACUGCUAUCGAUGAGCCUGAGAAGAUUGAGCGUGUGGUUCUCUGCUCUGGUCAGGUGUAUGCUGCCCUCACGAAACACCGUGAGGCCAACAACAUCCGCAACACUGCCAUCACCCGUGUUGAGCAGCUGCAUCCAUUCCCUUGGGCCCAACUAAAGGAGAACCUGGACAGCUACCCCAACGCCCGUAACGUCGUCUGGGCUCAGGAGGAACCCCUCAACGCCGGUUCAUGGAGCUACGUCCAGCCCCGCAUUGAGACCCUGCUGAACGCUACUGAGCACCACAACCGCCGCCACGUUUUGUACGCCGGUCGCGCCCCAAGUGCCUCCGUGGCCACCGGUCUGAAGUCGGUUCACUUGAAGGAGGAACAAGAAUUCCUCGAAGAUGCCUUCUCCGUCCACCAGGAACGCCUGAAGGGCGAGUAG